AUGGGAGCUCCCCCCGACGCCGACGCCCCUACGGGCUCAAGAUUCGAAACCGUCCUGUCCAUCGUCGCCGCCUCCCUCGCCCUCGUCAGCAGCGUCGGCUUCCUCAACGCCUUUGGCGUCUUCCAAGAUUACUACGAGGAGAACGAGCUCAGGGACAGUUCUGCCUCUGACAUAUCGUGGAUCGGAUCCGCCUCCAUCUUCUUCCUAUUUGCCCUCUCUCCUGUUGCAGGAAUCCUGUCUGACAGGAUUGGAUCUCGUAUACUCGUCAUUUUCGGUUCCAUCUUUCAGCUCCUAGCCGUGUUCAUGACCUCCCUAUGCGGCGAGUAUUACCAGUUCUUCCUGGCCCAGGCCGUCCUCCUCGGCGUGUCCAUGUCUUUCGUCACCUGGCCGGCCGUGGCGUCCGUGUCGCGCCGCACGCCCAAGCGCCGCGGCCUGGCCCUGGGCAUCGUCAUCGCCGGCUCCUCCGUGGGCGGCGUCAUCUGGCCCGUAGCCCUGCAGAAGCUCCUGUUCGUCCACCGCAUAGGCUUCCCCUGGACCAUGCGCACCGUCGGCUUCAUCAUGAUGGCCAUCCUGAUUGUCGUCUGCAUCGGUACCUCGGACCCGGCCAGGACUCCAACCCCCGCCCCCGAUGUCGAGCAGCAGCAGCGGGCGACAGAGACAUCUCAGGAGGAAAGCGUCUACGACGGCAAGAAGAGCAAUGAUGGGAAUGCUCAGCAGAAGAACCGGGGGGGAGGCAAGGCGGAGGAUGAGAAGCUCUUUACCAACCCCAACUUCUUGCUGCUGUGCGCUGCCUACGCCCUCGGUUACUUUGGCCUAUUUGUCCCCUUCUUCUACGUCUCCAUCUACGCUUCCGACGUGGGCGUCUCGUCCGAACUGUCCUUCUACCUCAUCUCCAUUGUCAAUGGCGCUUCGUUCUUCGGCCGCAUAGCACCCGGCCACCUCGCCGACUCGCUCGGCCACUUCAACAUGGCUGCCCUGGCCAUGAUGCUCUCGGCCAUCAUCGCCUUUACCUGGACUGCCGCUACUUCUGCUGCUGGCUUGAUUGUCUGGUCUCUGGCUUAUGGCUUUGCUUCGGGGGCAAUCCUCAGUCUCCAGGGCGCCUGUGCUGGGAAGAUGGCCUCCCGUGCCGCUCAGGGUAGAGCCAUCGGCGGUCUCACCGGUAGCUUGGCCAUCACCGCCCUCGUUGGUACCCCCAUUGGCGGCCAGAUUGCCACCAACUACGGCUUCCUCCCUCUAUCCAUGUACGCUGGAGCCACUCUCAUGGCCGGAGCCGUCACCAUCCUCUUCGCUCGGCUUCGCAUCCACCGGGGUGUCUGGGUGGCUUAUUAG